AACGCGUACGAUGACAUGAACAUGGCGGCAUCCACUAGUGAGUUGGUGGAUGACCGAUAUCACUGCAAAAUAUGCAUUAUUGGAGGUGGAAUGGCCGGUUUAUCAGCUGCUAAUCAUUUACUCAAGAAUAAUGAGAAUGAUUUCGUUAUUCUCGAGGCGAGGGGUCGUAUCGGAGGACGAAUAGUGGCCACUGAAUUCGGUGGUGAACGAGUGGAAUUGGGGGCUAAUUGGAUUCAUGGAGUCCUGGGGAAUCCCAUCUUCGAGCUGGCCAUGGCCAAUGGGUUAAUAGAUAUUGUCAGGUGUCCAAAGCCCCACAAGGUCGUAGCAGCCACUGAAGAUGGUAAACAACUGCCCUUUCCAGUCCUCCAGGAGAUCUACGAGGCCUAUGUCUGCUUCCUGAGGAGAUGUGAGGAGUAUUUCCUCAGUGCCUAUAAUCCUCCGGAAGGUAUUAGCAGUGUUGGGGCACAUGUUGCCCUGGAGACUGAUCUGUAUCUGGCGUCGUUGCCAGAGGAGGAGAGACCCAUUCGACAAUUACUCUUCGAUUGUCUGCUGAAGAGAGAGACGUGCAUUACUGGCUGUGAUAGCAUGGAGGAUGUCGAUCUCCUGGAGAUGGGGUCUUAUGCUGAGCUCCAGGGGGGUAAUAUCAGUCUCCCUGGGGGGUACAGUGCCAUCCUGGAGCCCAUUUCAAAGCACAUCCCCAAGGAGAAGAUCCUCCCACGUCAUGUGGUUGAGAAAAUCAGGUGGCAGACUGUCUCCAAGGAUAAACCAACGAAUUGUACUUAUAAUAAUAACAGCAUAGAAAUUAUUUGUGAGAAUGGAAAGACCAUCGUGGCUGAUCAGGUCCUCUGCACUCUUCCCCUGGGGGUACUUAAGCACAGGAUCAAUGACAUCUUCGAGCCACAGCUACCAAAUUACAAGAUCGAGGCGACUGGCAGACUCAUGUUUGGGACUGUAGAUAAAAUAUUUCUCGAGUACCAGAGGCCUUUUCUCAAUCCUGAUAUCUCGGAAGUCAUGCUCCUGUGGGACGACAGAGGAAUCACCGACGAGGAGCGUCAGGAUAUCAGUAAAUCCUGGCACAGGAAAAUUUACUCUUUUACUAAACUCUCGGAUACUCUGCUCCUGGGGUGGAUAAGUGGGAAGGAGGCUGAGUACAUGGAGACGUUGAGCACCAGUGAAGUUUCUGAGGUGUGCACCACUAUUUUGAGAAAAUUUCUGAAUGAUCCAUUUGUUCCAGCACCCAAGGGUUGCAUCUGCACGUCCUGGCAUUCCCAGGAGUAUACUAGGGGAUCUUACACUGCCAUGAAGGUUGGGGCUAGUCAAUUGGAUAUUGAGGCACUGGCUGAACCCAUCUACUCACCCCAGGAGAAAAAAAAGAUUCUCAUUGCUUUUGCUGGGGAACACACCCAUUCUUCUUUCUACAGUACUGUUCAUGGAGCUUAUUUGACUGGUCGCACUGCUGCGCAGAGUCUUCUGGAGUCGAGGAUAAAGGAGAAGCAGGGGCUCAGUGUCAACUGCGAAGAGACCAGUGACUUGAGCUCUUGGAUUCAGGGGAUUUCACUCAACUGAAGGAUUUUUCACCUAUCUCGGGGGCUCACGCUUCUUCUUGUGAAUUAUUUCAAUUUUUUUCUUUUUGUAUAUAACGAGACAGCUUUGAAACAUGUACAUAUUAAAUCGCCUAUUUAGGUAUUAAUGUCAUUUGUUACUCGAUGAAUUUUAUUAGUGGAGAUUGAAUGGAGUAUUUGGGUCAAUCUAGUCGUGCAAAUACGCCACCAAUAGAUAUUGAAGACAUGCAUUUUAUUUAUCCAUUUUUAUAGGUCUAACGAAUAUUUGUGAUUGUUUUUUUUUACCGGUAAAGGCCCUCGAGUGCCAUUUUAUCGAGU